AUGGAUAUCCCAUCCAUUGUCUCCACUGCUGUCGGAUGUGUUCCACUUCCCGGCCUCAAAGUUGCGUUUGAUACUUUCCAAUGGAUUUGGUCAUCAGUGGUGCAGGUACAAUCCAACAAGGCGCAGCUCAUUCAAUUAGCCAGCGCCAUCGCAGAGCUCCUCACCACUCUUCAAGGCAACCUACGCGCAUCUCUCACUCCUGAGCAAGGCGCGAGCUUGAAGCGAUUGCAGACGCUGCUGGACGAGAUUUCGUCGUUUGUCUCAGGGUUACAGCAAAUGCACUUCCUCAAGGCGCUCUUUCGCAAGGAUGAGGUUUCUGCAGCUAUCACAGCCUACCACGAGCGGAUAUAUCAUGCGUGCGAUGCAUUCAAUAUUUCGAGCCAGAUCAAUCUCCAAGUAUGGCUUGCACAGUCAGAAUCGACAAAGCGAGCGGAUUAUGCUUCUCUCGAGCUUCUACUUCAGAAAAUGAAUUAUGACCAGGUCGCUAUGUUGGACUUGCUGAAUAUCUCAGACACCAAACAGGACACGCUUCUCACCAUGAUGAUUGCUUUGCAGCAGGCUGUGACCCGCAUCUCGAACAACACAGAACGCAUGUUUAUGCAACAAGCCGUACGCGUUAUUCAGCGAUAUUCCACGUCUGCACAGGAUGUCAAUGACCUACCAACCUGGCUUGUCACAUCAUGGGAGGUGGACAUUGAGCGAAAGAAGAUCGGAGCUGGUGGUUUCGGCAAGGUUUACCCUGCAAAGUGGCAUGGAACGAAGGUCGCAAUUAAGGAGCUCGAUAGCCAAACCUCCCCGGAGCUUUUGAAACAGGAAGUCGAUAUUUGGAGCAAACUCCUUCAUCCGCAUGUCCUUCAGUUCCUUGGUGCAGCAAUAUACGAGGCAACGCCAUUCUUGGUCAUGCCCCUCAUGAUCAAUGGUAACUGUCUCGAUUAUAUCAAGAAAAACCCAAGCGCUGACCGCGGGUUACUUGUUUGUCAAUCCUUAUUCAUGUACCGCCAAUCCUUGUUCACGACUCUCCCGUGUUUCCAGAUCCAUCAGAUUACUUUGGGCUUGGCUUACCUCCACUCAAGAAGACCCCCCAUUCUUCACGGUGAUCUCAAAGCCGUGAAUGUUCUGGUCAACGCUAGUGGAGACGCUAUUCUUGCAGAUUUUGGGCUUUCGAGAGUUAAUCGUGAUAUCAGCACUCGGAGCUCGCGGGUGCACACUGCAGGGAGCCUCAGAUGGAUGGCCCCCGAACGCCUUCGUUCCGGCAAGCUCACCACAGAGACAGACGUCUACGCUUUUGCCCUGACUGUAUAUGAGAUAUACACGGAGGCAAUCCCAUUUGGUGACAUCGACGAUAGCAUGCUCUACACGCUCGUAGUCAAGGAGGACGAACGGCCACGCCAGCAUGACGAAGAUGCAAUUCCACCUUACAGCAUAGACGAUCGAGUCUGGGUCAUUCUGACCCGAGCUUGGGACCCCAACCCACGUCAGCGACCUAGCGCCGUACAACUCGUAGAUAUGACAGCAACAUUACUUUCAGAAAGCUCUCGCCCUGCUAAAUCGCUUUCGCCGCUGCCUCCAGCGGAAUCUGUUCCGCUAAGCCCUACACAGCCAGCAGAAGCUCGUGAUGAAGCCACAGGGACGCAGAAGCUACCGACUUGGGUGGAAUUAGCAUCAUCUCCGGAUGUCAGGGUGCAGCUCCAGGCAUGCGAAGGCUUGAUUAGAGACCUCCGAGAGACGCCAACGAUGCACCUGCUCACGGAAGUAUUGGAACAGUUGAUUCGCUUGCUGAUGAGCUCAGACCUGAAAGUCUCCAAUAGUGCAGCCUCUGUGCUUGGGCUUUACACCCACGUCCCGUCUUAUGGGUGGUUUACGAGAGAUCGCUAUCAGAAGGGGGUGUUUACCGAGAAUCAUGCAAGGAAUUGCAUCGCAGGGGGCGCGCUCCUUCCAUUCUCCGCGAUUCUGCAGCGAUCUCACGACAAACAAAACCUGGCAACAGCUUGUUAUGUGGUAGGUCAUCCCGCUUAUCGUACGCUUCCGUCCGCAAAUUUGCUUGCACUCAUUCAUGGAGAAUCGUUUUGCAGACAUAGCGACUCUGAAGUGCGGGCGGCGGCUAUACAAACUAUUGGCAAAAUAUCUGCCAACAAUGGAAAUUAUCGGGCUGAAUGCAUUGUUGCCGGCGCAUUGCCCUCUCUUUACGCCCUGCUCGUCUCGAGCGAUCUAGACUGCGUCCAAGAUGUCUGUGUCGAACUUCCCCAUCUCUUUGAUGGGUUUCAUGUAGAUAUAAAGAAGGCUGGUUUUCAUACACGUGUUAUGACAUUGCUCAACCACGAACGUCCGAAACUUUGUAUUGCGGCUACGUUUUGCUUGGUGAACAUCAUUCUCUACGGUGGCACACCCCACGAAGAACCAAACGAAUACGUGAAAGCAACAAUGCGGCUAUGCCUGAAAAAUAAUUUACUUCCCCGAUUACUCUCACAGCUGUCCUAUCCGGAUCGUCAAGUCAUUCUGUACACGUGUCAUGGUGUGCUUGACCUUACAUAUGGGUUUGCGGACAAGUUCAUUGAAGCGAAGAUCCAUGAGAGGAUGGUGAAUUUGGCUAGUGACGAUGAUUAUGAUAUCCAGAAUGCUGCGCAACUCUCUUUGAUUCGAUUUUGCUCUCAGAGCUCUUGGCUGUCCAAGAGGAGGCUGAAGAAAGCAGGAACUAUCGAUGUGCUCAAGAACUUGGCGAUCAGAGAUGUGUAUGCGCAAAUUGCAAUUCACUCUCUGUCAUCCAUCCUGCUGUAA